UCUCACAUGUCUCCAUCUCAUCCUCUAUGCUGGCUGCACUCUGUUGAAGCAGACAGUUGAUGAGCCAGGCUCCAUGGACAAGAAGGUGGUGCUGAUCACAGGCUGUUCCUCGGGAAUCGGUCUCAGCCUGGCUGUCCAGCUGGCCUCUGACCCCGACAAAAAAUUUAAAGUGUAUGCCACAAUGAGAAAUCUAGCCAAGAAAGAGCGUCUUUUGGAAUGUGUGAAAAGCCUGCACAAGGACACCUUGGACAUACUCCAGUUGGACGUAACCAGCUGGCAGUCCAUCCUGGAUGCGAGAGACAGGGUUGCUGAGAAACGAGUGGACAUUCUAGUGUGUAAUGCUGGUGUGGGUUUGAUGGGGCCGCUGGAGGUGCAGUCCUUGGACUCGAUGAGGCAGAUUCUGGAGGUCAACCUUUUGGGUACCAUCCAGACCAUCCAGGCUUUCCUGCCAGAGAUGAAGGCUCAGGGCCAGGGCCACAUUCUGGUCACUGGGAGCACUGGAGGACUUCACGGUCUCCCCUUUAAUGAGAUGUAUUGUGCCAGUAAAUUUGCCAUAGAGGGAGCAUGUGAGAGUUUAGCUAUCCUCCUGCAACACUUCAAUAUCCACGUGAGUCUCAUUGAGUGUGGUCCAGUCAACACCGAUUUCCUGGUCAACCUGCAGAAGGUAGAGCUAGGGGAUACUUCUCUCCAACAGGUCGAGGCCCUAACGCUCAGCCUCUAUGAAAAAUACCUGAAGCACUGUGGCUCCGUUUUCCAAAAUGCAGCACAGGACACUGAGGACAUUGUAAAGGUUUUCCUUGAUGCCAUCCAGUCACCCAGCCCUGCAUUUAGGUACUUCACCAGCGGUGUCGUGCCACCUCUCACCAAACUGAAGAUGACAGAGCCAGAUGGCUCGCGGUACAUCAGUGCUUUGGGCAAAAUCAUGUUCUCAGCUGAGGAACAAUAAUUUUGCCUUUUUAUCUAAGCGGUGGUGAUUUCGGGAAUAAAGGUGACUCACUGUGACUCAGCUGUGUUACUCAACUGGAAAGGGCAGUAAGUUCAUAGUUUUGGAAGUUCAAAGGAGGGAGUGACUCCAUGCUUCUAUUUUUGUGUGUUAUCAAAAGUUAUAUCACUACUUAUAACAACAUAAAGAUAUAAGAAUAAAAGUUAAACCAUUUCCUGGUUAGUGGCGAAAUACUUCACAAGGAUAAUGGUUUUAGUGAGCUAUCUGGGUUGUGUGACAGUGUUCUUACCACACUUGUUGGCAUAUUUUCAAAGGGACUGGCAUGCUUCUGGACAGGUUCUUACCACUGUGUUAAAUGUAAAACACUCCAAGAAUGUUGUUGUUUAAUCUUGAUCGGCUGCUUCAUGCAAGCGGGAACAAACUUAUCGCUUCAAAACAUGAAAUGAAAAAUAAAUAACUAAAAUAAGUACUUUCACUGAAGGAAAUCAUGCAAGAUUUUUUACAUGGCUUAAUGAUAUGGUAUGCUGUAUUUCUUUUGUAGUGUUUGCUGAAGUGCUUGUGUUUAAAUGUCCCCUGAGGGGUGAAUGA